AUGAUGUGUGUGCGGAUGACGCAGCUGGUUGCGCCAAGCAUCGGGUGCUCCGUUGGGGUGGCGCGAGCUGUGUGAGUGUGAGCGUGCGUGCACGGAAGGAUGUGCUUCGGCUGCCGUGUCCUCGCCGAGCUCUCGUCGUGAGGGUAUAUCAACAAGGCUACGUGACCGAUCGAUCGAUCAAUCCUCCUGCUGUUUCUUGGUCGAUCGGCGGCAUGUGGGGCGACGUGGUGUCGGUGGUCCGGCAGGGCCUGCGGUGGCGGCGGCGGAGGGGGAGGAGGACGACGGCGCGGGUGGUGGACGAGAGCGCGCUGGAUGCCGUCGUCGCGGCGGAGGACGGCGGUGCCGCGCCUGGCGCCACCGUGGCGCCGAGCGUGGCCGGCGCGCUGGCCAGGGCGCUGCUGGCGCUCGCGUGCGCCGUCCGCUUCGACGGCGACGGCGUGUCCACGGAGGAGGCCUGGGCGGCCAGCGCGUGGCGGCCGCGCGCCGACGAGGUCAGCCACCUCAUGGUGCGCGAGAGCAUGCGCUACGCCAUCUACGCGUAGCCAUACCCAGGAGGACCUACAGGCAGAGUAGAACUGUACGUACGUAUGUGUGGAUUGUGUACGUGCAUAGAUAGAUAUCUAUACGAUGCUGGGUACUAGAUUGAUGUAUAGAGUAUUGUAUCUUCGAUGUACUUGUUCCGUUUCAACAACAACAACAAGAUCACAGCUACAUGUGUCCUGGUAAGUGGGCUGGCGUGCUUAUAUGUAUACAAUUCUUGGUUAAUCUGAGAGAUCACUCUAGUUUAAUAUCAA